UAUAUAUAAGGCAAUACAUUUAUUUCUAUGUUAUAGGAAGAACCAUCCCUUCCCAAACCACCUUCAAACGCUGCCAAGAAGAAGAAGACAAUGAGCAGCAUGACAUCAUCGGUAUUGGAACAGCUGAAGGAAAAGUAUUCACACAGCCACGACAACAGUGGACCGCCCGAAGCCGCAUGUUCGCAUCCCGACCAGGAAUGCCGCAAAUGCAAACUACUUCAACAACAAAUAGACAUCCUUGAGGAGGAGAAAGCUACAUUGCUGGCGUCAUUGAGAAUGAACAAAAUCGCUGGAGAUGUUGUUGCCAAAUUGGAGCUGCUAUGUCACACGCCAGCUCCAAAGCUGCCAGAUAUGACAAUGCCCAUGAGGACACCUCCAAGUCCCUUCAAUCGAGAGUCAAGUACACUGAGAGAUGGAGAUGAUGGAGAUGCAUCGGUUGCUGGUUCCCCAUCAGCAAAAAAGUUCCCAAUAGCAAAGUGGCAGAUUAGGCGAUGUUCGACCACCUCGCUGCAGAAAUUCAUCAAUGACCUCCUCCAUGGCCUGUAUUGCACAGAGUACAUGGCCAAGCACUCACUUACUGGCUACAAGGCCAGUAAGGAGUCUGAUGCUGGCAAGAGGAAGGACAGCAUUCCACAAGAAGAGGUUGCUGAAAUAAUUGCGGCAGCAAAACAAAUCUUCGCCACCAAGACGGACAUGGAGGUACGGCUGGCCAUCCGCCAGAAAAUGAAUGGGGCUGCCAAAGUGGUCUCGGCGAGGAAAGUGGCAACACCUCCAGACCAGGGUUUCCGCCAGGAUUUUUUCUCGCCGGUCAAAUGUCCGGGCAGAAUUUAUUUUACCGGACAAAUUUGAAACUUACCGGUCAUAUUUCAAUAAUAAUAGUAAGAGUUGUGUAGCAGAGUUUCCGUUAGCAGGU